CACUGGGAACAGGUUGCCUGGGAAACGGCCGCAUGGCAACAGGAUCAGAGCCUGGGAGUUGUCUGCCGCUAGGUCUGCUCCCAUUUUAUCGCAUUUCUUCACUAGAUGGUGUGCAAGCCACUGGAGAGUAGGCUGCACUUGCUCGCGCACAGUAGGCUACGGCUCCAACAAAACAAACCUGGAAAACUACAUUAUACGACGCGCCAUUUCUUUAGGCUUUUGAGGAGGAAAGUGUGGGAAUAAAAGCUUUGCUUUAAGGUUUUCAUGCGACUUGGAUAAUAUACAAUCCAGCUGUGAUGGACAUAAUGAUUGCGGUGCAGGAUGUGUGCGUCUCCAGUCAAUGGCUUACAGCUAUAAUUCUCAGUCUGUGCUGCUUUUUGCCUUCGUGCUUACCCGCUGGACAAACUGUGGACUAUGCAUCGAUUGAAAGUGUGGUCACCCGACAAGGCGAUACGGCUCUCCUGAGGUGCACUUCGGAUGGAAUCUCUAAAGGAGCUUGGUUGAACCGUUCCAGCAUCAUCUUCGCAGGGAAUGACAAGUGGUCCGUGGACCCUCGUGUGUCCAUCGUAUCGAGUGGGGGGGAGUACAGCCUGCAGAUACAGAAAGUGGACGUGACUGACGACGGCUUGUACACCUGCUCUGUUCAGAGCGAGCGUAAUCCAAAGCCAAAGCACCUUCAUCUAGUCGUUAAAGUUCCCCCCAAGAUCUAUGACAUUUCAUCUGACAUCACGGUAAACGAGGGCAGCAAUGUGUCACUCAUCUGCACAGCCAGUGGGAAACCAGAUCCCACCAUCUCCUGGAGACACAUAACCCCAUUAGCCAGGAAGUAUGACAGUGGAGAAUAUCUAAACAUCACCGGUAUCACGAGGGACCAAGCAGGGGACUAUGAAUGCAGUGCAAUGAAUGACAUUGCCUCUCCUGACACCAAGACGGUGAAAGUCAUAGUCAAAUUCGCCCCAGCCAUCCACGAGAUGAAAAGCCAUGGAGUCGGCCUGGGACGCACAGCUCUGCUGAGGUGUGAGGCUGCAGCUGUACCCACACCAUCAUUUGAGUGGUACAAGGGAGAGAAAAGGAUUAACAAGGGACAAGGGAUUGACAUCAAGAACCUCAGCUCCAGAUCAGUCCUCACAGUGACCAACAUGACAGAGGAUCGCUAUGGUAACUACACAUGUGUCGCUGCCAACAUCCUGGGAAGGGCCAACGCCAGUGUGCCUCUCAUUCCGCCAAACACUGCGCCGUAUGGGAGUACAGGAAGAGCGGAAGUCCUGCUGGCCUGUCGGUACCUGAUCCUGGCUCUCUCCUCCUUCAUCAGUGUGUACUAGUGGAAGGGCAGCCAUACACAAUGACUGUAAAGAGCCCUUCAAGCAUUUAUGAAUCCUUUGACAAUGCUCAUGUCUGGAUCAAAUCUGGUACAGUUUGUUGAAAGCAGUGUGGGAUAUAAUCAGCAUUACUUAUGUGGGGAUGAUCGUUUAUUUCUGUUGAAUUUCUCAUCAUGUAAAUACUUAAAAAUCGUUAGUUUUUUUAUUUUGAUUGUCCACUUUGUGAAUCAGUGCUCAUUGUCCCCUUUCAAAGGCCAUGAAAGCUCCGAAAUGAGUUAUUUUAUUAUUCUCUCACCAGGAGGUGGUGAUGCGGAAAUUGACAUUUUCAUCUCAGUUUUUGUAAAUGGCUCAAAAGAUGCCAUUGUGUGUCCCUCAAUACAUCAAUGCAUCAUUUCCAUACCAAUGUUGUGGCCAGUAUUGAAAGUAUACAGGGUUAAAAAAGGAAAGCAUCAUUUUAGAUACAAUUCAUUACAAAUUAAGGUUAGAGCAUGGUAGAAUGAUGACAUAUUUUGAGAUGUGCUAUUAUAAUAAUACAAUAGCUGAAAUGCUGCACAAUAGACAUUUGGAAAGGGAACAUUUCAGACAUAUUUGAUCUUGGCCAUAUUCUAUUUGAAUGCAGAGCCUUUCAUCACACCCCCAUAACAUGUUCUCUGUCCCAAAUCAUUUUUCCUCUUUUGACGAUUGGAAUAGUACUCUUUCUUUUCAGGCAGCGGUCCUAAAUGUAUGAUAUAACUUGACACUCAUAUUUGACCAGGCAGUGACCAGAGUAGCAAGUGUUUACGUUAGUACUGGUGACAUACUGUAGUCUGGGGGGGUUAAUAUAAUUGACAUAAUUACCAUUUCAUCAGAAAACAGCUCACUCAUUUUCAAUACUGAAGGGAAGACAGUUUUCCUCUCUGAGGACAAUACAGUAUAAGUUUACAGUUUUUCAUUUGUAUUUCUAUGGUUUGAGAGAGAUGUGUUUGCAGAGGUCCUGAACAUGAAGAGGAAGACCUCUGAUGAAGGGAUACUUAGGUAUUAUUAAAGAUCUUCCAAUAUAGUAACGUUUAAGACAACAUUUAACACUGACUAACUAUGGAUCUAGACAAAUGGAAAUACUUUCCAUCCCGAAAUUGACAAAUAACAUUAGCCUUCUAAUUUAAGAUCAAAUAUUUAAAUAACCAAAAUGGGAUUGGUAAAUGGAGGAUAAAGAGGAUUUAUGCAUUAUGAUGUGUUUCAGUUUGAGUUUUAUGAAUCAUAUCUUCCACAGGACAAGGGAAUUAUGUCUGCCAACUUCUUAAAACACUUAUUGGUCUAAUGAACAAAACGUGUACUAUAAAACCGGAGACAACAUAGCCAUCGAGAUAUAAAUCUGAAAGCACAAAUACUGUACUUGCUGUUAUUUUUGAUUGUGUAGUGUUUUGUUUUUAAAAUAUAUAGUGAAGACAUUUUUGUUUGAUUAAUUUUUUUAUUAUUUUGUUUUUACUGGCAUUGUUUUCAGCCUGUUUUGUGGUAUAUGAAAAUACUGCACCAUAUAAUCUUGUUUAAAUGUAAGUAUGAUGCAAAAUGGGUCAGAAAUAUAUUUAUUAUCUUCCUUUGUGAAAACACUGUAAAAAAAACAACAACAAAAAAACGAUUUAAAACGUGAAUCUGGAUAUGUGAAAUUAUUUCAAUGAAGCACAGUAUGGCAUAGUUUAUAAUGUUGUCAAUUAAUUUAGAUGCCAUCACUGUUGUUGAUUCUUGUCAAAACAAUAGAUUAAAAAAGAGAUGUUUGCAAUCUAAUUAUCUAAUUUUUGAAACUGAGGUGGUGUGAACCAAUAUAACAGUAUUAUAGAAAUGAGUAAAUUGUGUGUAUAUUUGGAGAAAAUAGGAUUCCUUUUGAUCUUAUUGGUAGAGCCGGUGUGUAGUUUAGUUUUCACACACUUGUUUGAUGAUGUGCAGAGAGUAUGAUUGUGCUGCAUGUCAAAAUUAACCUGUGUUUUAAGGUGGCCAGUUUACAAAUAAUCAAUACUUUUAUGGGUAAAACCAGUUUUAAGAAUGUUUCAGCUCUAUGACAAAAAAAGAGCAUUGCAUACUAAAACUCACCAGGCUACAUCCAUUUGUGUUUUGUUUGAAUCUAACUUGAGUAUUUAUGUGACAAUACUGUGUUGCUAUUUUCAAGUCUUAGUAAGAGUGGCACAUUGGUGACAGCAUGGAGUGUGUUGGUUGCCUGUCUAAGCAGCUCAGAACAUGGAAUUAUUUCUUCAUGUAAAAUGUACUGUGUGUUCAUUAUUUUUGAUUAUACAAUUUGGCAUUAACCAAGACCAUUUAUAUAGUCACUAUUAUUUGCAAUUUCCUGAUGUUUCCUGAUGUUAACAGACUUAAAAUUACACAUUUGAGUUAAAGAGCAACUGCCCCUAAAAACGAACUUCUCCUUUUAAAAACAGCCUAUGCGGUAUCGAUUUGAGUAAAUAGGAUAAUUUUGGUCAUAAAGUCAGUCUUGUCCAAAACCCAGAUUUGCGAGAUGAUAGGGGGGAAAAAAAGUAUGUAACGGAAUGAAGGGUACCGUAACGGUUUUCCUUGGAUUGGGUUCAUUUCAAUCCUGCCCACAGCUGGCAGCACUCAAGUAAUCAUCAAUUCAGAGUGUAGCUGCACACGGACCAAUCUUAAUGCCCAUGGUCAAUUUGGUUUGACUUCGAUAUCCCUAUAGGGCAUUUAAAUAGCUCCGAAUUUCAAUAACUUAACCUCAAACCAAUAAUAAAUUGUAGAAAUGAAUAUACAAAUAUUGGAAGCAUUUAAUGAGACUUAAAGGUGUCCAACAUAAAAAUAUUGUCCCAUUUACAUUGUGUAAUUUUUUGACAGAUCCUAACUCGCCCCAAAGAUAGGCUAUCCAAAGUCAAACCAACUCUGCCAGAGUCCCACACCAGCCAGCUGAAGCUAAUUGGUGAAUGAAGUUGGCUAGCAAUAGCUAGCCUAGACAAUUUGAAGUUACAAGACCUGGUUAGACUGUUUCAAGUUAUCUAGAACAGGGUUUUCCAAACUCAGUCCUGGGACCCCCCUGGGUGCAUAUUUUGAGUGAAUGUGCAAACACUUGCCACGUGUGAACACACACAUUUUUUUUUCUUCACAAAAGUAGUGCUGUAUUAGCGGACCGAUAUAGCUGUCUGUAGCACAGGUAAACAAAAAAAUAAUAAUGAGCCCUCCCCCCUCCAUCUAUUGAGAUGUUUCAUAGACAGUGUUUGAUGCGAACACCACUGUGCCACAGUCCACUAUACCAAUCCAGUAUGCAUUUGGGUAAAAAGCUUGUGCUGUUUAAAUUAGACUAACAUAUCUGGGUCAUGUUCAUUAGGGCACCCAACAGAAAAAAAACACUUUAAAAUGUUUUGCAAUGGAUAACUAAAUUGAGUGUUUCUUAUUGGACAGGAAGGAACUGGGUUUCUUUUUUGACAAAGAGAUAAAUUAACAUGACUUUUCCACACUAACUUUAAGAGGUGGGUCACAACAACAGAGGAUAAUCCAAAUCAGAGUACAUUUGAAAACCAAGGUUGUGUUUAUUAGGCUUCACUUUGUCAGAAAUGAGGCCCUGGCACACAUCUGCAGAGGUUAUCCCCCUGUGAAUAAGGUGACCUGUCUUUGUGCUACCUGUUAACAGAAAAUCAUUCAGCUUUCACAUUUCAGAUAAGAGGAUAUUUACGUAUUCAUGCAAUUCUGACCAGGCCAAGACUUUUCCCUUGAGUUUUACCACUGCAGUAUUGGGGACGACUUCAAAGAGUGCUCUUCAACUCACCUGAUAUUGUGAUAAUCCCUCAAUUUAAAUGUUCAACGCUUUGAAUACAGAAUAGAAGGCAUUGUUUUGAAUAAUGAAACAACAGCUGUCAAAUGAGUCCACAAGGGGAACAAGUAAUGUACUGAAUGUGCCUUUAAAGUAUUUAAAUAAUACGUUAAAUACCAUAUCCUAGCCUCAUUUAUAAAACAAUUAUUGCACCUCUAGAUAAGGCCCUUGGAGAAGGGUAAUUUACAGGGGGUAAGUAUUUCAACAAUAUCAAAAGAUUCAUGAUUGCUUAAUCAUUCCAUAUCUUGAAUUUGCUGUAUGUUAUCGCUUAAAUAUCACCAGUCAUAUUAAGCUUUUCAAUAAUCCAAGCAAUGUGCUACAUGCAGGUUAAGCUCAUUUGAUCAGAUGUGGAUAAUUUCCCCCAUUUUGUCUGCAACUAUUUGCUUGUAUUGGGUUUAUGUGGUAAAAAAUAAAAAUACAUGAUCAGGCUUCAUACAGUGUUUCAUUGCAGUAUGCUGUGAAAACAGUUUAUUUCUUGUAGAUAGUGUAAUAGUUACAUUCCAAGCAAAAUUCAGUAAAAGAACACUCAGUUAGUCUAAAGCAUCCUCAGCAAAAAUCAAUCCACAUCGUUAUUGGAAGUCAAUGAGAGCAUGGGCAAACCUUAUUUAAGUGUGUUUUUAUUGAUUACUGAUUAUCCCUGCAUGGCUCCCGAAAAGGCGCAGCGGUCUAAGCCACUGCAUCUCAGUGCUAGUGGUGUCACUACAGACCCUUGUUCGAUCCUGGCCGUGAUCAGGAGUCCCAUAGGGCGGCGCACAAUUGGCCCAGCAUCGUCCGGGUAAGGGGUGGGUUUGGCCGGGGUAGGCCAUUGUAUAAUAAGAAUUUGCUCUUAGCGGACUUGUCUAAUUAAAAAAUUACUCCACAAUACUCAGACCUCAGGAAAGAUACAAUUUUUUAUGUUAUAUCGUUGGUGUGCAUCUCUGAGCGAUGUUCUUUCAAUUCCUGGGGUCAUUUUAUUGUGCAUCUGAGCUAUUGCCUUUCAAGCAGACAAAACUCGUCAUACCAGCUGCCAAUGGAUAGAAAAGCAUUUGACGUGUUAGUCAUUUAUCAGACUCGCUCUACAAUUAGUGAAGUUUUCAGACCCCAAAAGUAGGAUAAUGUCCAUUGAAUCACAGUGCCAAAACCGAAGUGCGUGGCCACUCCCGAUUGUUAUCACAUCAACACACAGUAAUCAACAGUAGUUAAACAGUAAUUAAAACAGCAUUGUUUGUAAGUCUACUAUUGUCUUGUAAAACAUGUGUAACGGAGUUAAGAACAUACCAUAACCUCACUCCACAGCUAGCUUGAAAUGUCCCCGAUGGCGCAUCUUCUGUAUAGCUAGAACAGUUUAUAUUUUGUCAUGCGGGCGGUCAGGUGUGUUGCGAGGUAGAGGAUGCUGGUUCAAGCCCAGUCAGAGGCAAGUUCAGGGAGGCAAAGCUUUUAUGCUAACCUAGCACACUGGCGCCGGGUAUACAAUCAUACUUAGACUAAAUGACCUGGAAGAGUUAUUUUAAACCUGUUUAUGCUAUGUCAAAAUUUGAGAAUUUACAUUGGUGACUGUUACUCAGGCUUUGAGUGUUGAAAACAGUUUAUUUCUUGUCCUCGAACAACUUGCUAUUGCUUGAUUGGCAGUAUGAGAGGAUAUGCUGUUGUUUAUCGAGAUGAUUAGGAUGCUGUCCGGCCUCUUUCUCUCUUGCUUUCGCCUGGCUCUUCACAAAGGAAUCUGUUGGCUGAGUGAAUGGAGAAUGGCCAAAGCCGUUCUGAGAGAGGCGAUUCCUCUGACCCUGCGGUUAAUAAAAUCCUUCCUGUGCCUUUGUCAAUUUUUACUGGGCGAUUUUGUCAAACGCUGGAGGUGCUGCCUGCCCAGGCCCUCUGUGUCCACUCCCUGAGCAGCAUACUGAGUAAAAACCUCUGUGUUUUUAAACUACUCACAUUCAACUCAGUGAAUACGCUUGUAGCACAGCAGGCAAGAGCUCUCCUCGCCCCUGUCAACCCAAGCCACAGACCCCUUCUACAUUUUUGAUAACUGAUCUUCAGGCGAGUCUUCAUACAGCAUUGUGUGGUGGAAAAUAGUAAUGUAAAAAAUAUAUAUCUGGUUUGCAGCAUCUGUCUUGAACUUUUGAAAUUGUCCAUUUGUAUUUGUGAGUGGCAUGAAUGUAUCUCGCUGUUGAUAGUAUCCUUUUCGACAGUACAAUAGCUGCUAAAAAGUGGAACGUGUGGCUUUAAAAGGCAUACUAUGAAGUAUUUGUCAAUCUCUCCCUCAAUACUUUCACUGAGCUGGAAAAUAAGUUAGCAAGGCACUGAUGCAGAGACUCCGAUAAUGCUACAUUUUAAAGCAAGCUAUCUAAUCAUAGAUUGUCUCCAUGUGCAGUUGAUGACUGAAUCGCACAGUGGGAAAUGUUUUUAUGUAAACUUUGAGAGCAAUUGUCAGUUUCAAAAAGGACCAAGCAGGGUGUUGUAUAAAAAAUAUCACUAUGAAACUAAAUACAGUAAAAUCCAAUUCGUUUUUUGUUAUUGUGCCUCUGAUGACACAUGUUAUUGUUUCAUACUGGAAUGACUUGGCAAUUCCUGAGUUCUUGCCAUGAUGAUCUUUAAAUCAUUGAUUUAAUCAUAACCAACAACCACAUGAUGUUGAGUGUAAGAGGGAACCAUUUAUGACAUUUCACUGAACCAUUAGUUUCUAUGGAAUGAAGCACAGAGUAGACAACGAUUUGCUUUUUCACCCAGGCAACCUUUCAAAAUCAACACACUAUCAUUAUUUAUUUGAAAUCCGUGACAUGCACACGAAGAAUACACUUUUUUGUUUGUAUUACAAGAUUUUCAUCACAACACAUUUAAUGUGUAUUACAGGUUCUUCUUCAUAACGCAUUUGUGUACAUUAAACGAAUUCCAAUUUGUUGUGGCUAACGUUAGCUUGACUAGCUAGGUGGCUAAUGUUAGCUAGGCUAGGGGUUAAGGUUAGGCUUAGGAGUUAAGGUUAGAGUUAGGGGCUAGGGUUAGAGGUUAGGUAACAUGCUAGCUAAGUAGUUAAGGGUUAAGGUUAGGGUUAAGAUUGGGAAUUAGGUUAAAGGUUAGGGGAAGGGUUAGCUAACAUGCUAAGUAGGUCUAAAGUAGCUCAAAUGCAAAAGUUGUCGGGGAUGAAAUUCAAACAUGCAACCUUUGGGUUGCUAGACAUUCGCGUUAUACACCGACCAACCUCCUUCCUAUUUUAUCUGUCUUAUGUAACCUACCAUAUUUAUCUGUGAUUGAAAAUCAUGCACUGUACACUAAAAUAUUGACUUUUGUGUGUGCCUGUCACAAAUUUCCAAUUAGCAAUUCUAUUUCCCAAUAAUCUCUGAUACUGGGGUCUUCAAAAUAUGAGGUGCAGCAUUUCCUUGUCUUAUAUAUCUUUCUCUCUGUACAUAUGUUUAUUUCAUGAUAUCCUUUUUUUUACAAUAAUGUUGAUGAUUAUGUGGAGUAGAUGGUUACACCAUAACAAAAAAUAUUUGUGUAGAUAAAAAAAUGUGGCAAUUUAUUUCAUCCUCAAAUCAUCAUUUAGAAAAUUUUGUGAUGAGAAUUUUGAAAUGGUUAUCUUUACUCAAAUGUGUAUGAAGGUCCUUUAGCCACCAGGGAUAUAGUUGUAUAUUUAUAGGCUCUAGAUCACUGGAAUGACAUAUAUGGCUUUAAGUGGCAUUGAUAUAUAUUGAUAUUUGUCAACAACAAAAAAAAUCAUGUACUUUAAUUACUUUAAAGCUUACAUUGUGUAUAGCACGUAUGCAAGUUCAUUUUCAUCAUGUUUGAUGUAAUUUUUGUAGCAGUGGUUUGAUACUAAUAAAUGGCAGUUUAUGAUGGAACUGUA